AUGAGUCAAUCAAAUCAAAUUUAUGUAAAACAUUUGCUCGGUCCUCACGCCCCGAUACUUAUCACUCCAAGACUCUUCCACUCGUAUAUCUCUCCAAAAAAAUCCAGCCACCCUCUCAGAUAUCUCUCCAAAAAAACCCAGCCACCUCCGGUCCCCUUUCCCGUCAAUAUCGGGCUCCAAGGUCCAAGGCACCACCGGCCAGCUACAGCUUCCGCCGGCGCCGCCCAUCGCCGGCAAAAUCAGGUUCGAUUUCUGCUCCUUGCUGGAAAAACAACUCAAAGUUUCAGCGCUCUGGGCACAUGGGUAUUUUCAGUAGCAGGGGCUUUGCUAGCAAUUCCAGUGGGUAUAAAACGGAAAUCUCUAGCACCCCUUGUGUUCUUCGGCACAACUGGUACGAUGCUUGAUAUUAUCAUGGGAAUCACUGCCUGCGAAAGAGAACAUGCAGAACGCCAGAUGCAGCUGUUAGAAGCUCAAAAUUCUGCAGCUGAUGCUUCUCUUGCUGAGACUGUUGCAGAGUCUUGAUGUCAAGCUUAUAGUCAGAUGCCUCAUGUUUGGAAGCUUUCAGUUUGUUUCAACUUGCUUUGCUGUAAAAGAUGAAUAUUUCUUUGAUAAGUGAAAAAAAUUUCUUUUCCCAUGAUUUCUAUGUUCACUUGUUCAUUGCAUUAAAAAUCACUCUAGAGUUUGUUGGCGGUAAACUCCAAAUAAUCAGCUGCAAAACUAUUCAGCUAAUAAUACUUUAGUUUUUGUGUCA